CCCCGCCUCUCCCCGAGCUUAAAACUGAUUACAGGUUGCUUAUCGACUCCGGCACAAUUUCACCCCUUCCAGCAGAGAUCGUGCUGGGGUUUUAUACGGCAUCAAUUAUUUAUCAUAUUUUAUAAAUCCAGCCGCACAGUCCCGUGCCCCCGAGGAGGGGGCGGCCGGCGAUUGGCGCCGGAGCGGCCACGUGCCCGCGCGUCACCGGGGCCGGGAGGAAAAAGGCUCUUUUUGGUGUAAAUCUGGACUCUAAUUCCGUAAUAUAUCACGGUACCUCGUAAAACCGACACUAAAACGUCCCGACCUACAAAUCACCCGGCCAAAUUAUGAGUUCAUUGUAUUAUGCCAACGCUUUAUUUUCUAAAUAUCAAGCCGCAAGUUCGGUUUUCCCAUCCGGAGUGUUCCCCGAGCAAACUUCUUGCGCUUUCGCCUCCAACGCGCAGCGAGCGGGGUAUGGGGCCGGCUCCACGCCUCCCUUCGCCGCCUCCGUGCCCGGGCUCUACGGCGGCGGCUCCGUGCACCCCCAGCCCCCCGCCGUGUACCCCCAGGGCUACGGGCUGGAGCCCGGCUCCUUCAACGUGCCCUGCUCGCCCUUCGAGCAGAACCUGGCCCUGAUGUGCCCCGGGGACGCGGCCAAGCAGGGCUGCGGCAAGGGCGAGCAGAGGGACGCGGAGCUGCAGGGCGACGGCAAUUUCCGCAUCUACCCCUGGAUGAGGAGCACAGGAACGGACAGAAAACGCGGCCGCCAGACCUACACCAGGUACCAGACCCUGGAGCUGGAGAAGGAAUUUCACUACAACCGGUACCUGACGCGGCGCAGGAGGAUCGAGAUCGCGCACUCGCUGUGCCUGACCGAGCGCCAGAUCAAAAUCUGGUUCCAGAACCGCCGCAUGAAGUGGAAAAAGGAGAAUAAAAGCGCCUGCCCCGGCUCCAGCGGGCAGGAAAAACCAGACGCCGAGGAGGAUGAGGAGGAGUGAAAAGGGGAGAGAGGUGGAUGAGGGAAAACCAGAGGGGAAAACGCCAAAAAACGCGUUAAAAACAGAAAAAAACCCCACAAAAAAAAGACUCUAUAUAAAAAUAAAUGAUAGGCGCAUAAAUAAUUAAACCCCUAGGAGUGAUGCGUUGUGUUUCAUGACACUGAGAAAUAAAUACUACCUAUAUUAAUUUUUUUUUUCUUUUUGUACAAUAGACUAUCUACCUAUUAAAUGUGGCUUUAGAGUCAGGAUAGACACUUUUUUUAUUUUUAUUUUUAUUUUUUUUUUCCUACGUGAGCCUUCCUCUAGCACCAGUAAUUUGUAAAAGCUCCGUUUGUACUUCGCUGUGGCAUUUCUCGAUUUGGGAUUUUUUAUUUUUUUUUUUUUGUUCGGUGGGGGUGGGUGAUGAAGUAACGUGGUCGUGUUUUAGCACCUUCCGUUUAGAAAAUGUGACCCGAAAAAUUAAAAAAAAUUAAAAAAAAAAAAAAAAAAAAAAAAAGCCUGAAUGCAAAUUCCAUUUAGAGCUUAGAGUCCUGUACAUAAUAGGAAUUCUUAUAAUUCUCCUUCCUCCCUGUCACCUCUGUGGUUCUUUUCCCCUUGCGAUGCUCUUUUGUCUGUGGAUAUUUUUACCUUCGUUGUUCGAGCCUCCACGGGGGGGAAAAAGGGGAAAAAAUUUAAAAAAAAAAAGGGAAAAAGAAGAAGAAUUAGUAUUGUGCUACGUCAAAUGUUGUAUAUCAAAGUAGCAAAUUAUUUAAUGGCGGCGCGUUGCUUUUUUUUUGUUAUUAUUAAUUAAUAUUAUUAUUAUUAUUAUUAUUUUUCUUGGUCUGUGAUUAUUAUUCUUGGAAAUAAAAGGAAAUCUCCGAUAAUCUGCA